AUGUCCACAAACGGAGCACCUGAGCGAAGCGACGAACCGGAGAGGCAGGUGAAUGGCGCACGGCCAGAGUCCGCGACAAUGCCCAGCGCAGCAGCAGCGGCAGCCGAGGCUCGGCUGAAUGCCACAGCAAAGGACAUUUCGCUUAAGGAUUUUCUGAACAAGAUGGACGACUAUGCGCCAAUCAUCCCCGAUGCGGUGACAAACUAUUACAUGACCAAGGCUGGCCUGCCGCCUCCGCCGCAGACGGAUCCACGACUGGCACGGCUGCUGGCGCUGGCGACGCAAAAAUUCGUGGCAGACGUGGCAGCCGACGCAUACCAGUACAGCCGGGUGCGAGCCAGCAACACGAGCGUGAACAACCCGAUGGGCAACCUGGGGGCGGCAGCUGGGUUUCCCGUGCCGGGGCAGCCCAACACGCAGCCGGGUGGCAAGGACCAGGGGCGCGGCGGAGCGCUGGGCAUCCAGCGGCCUGGCUACGGCGGCGGCGGCCAGGGUAGCAACCAGAACCGCACGGUGCUGACGAUGGAAGACCUGGGCAUGGCCGUGGGCGAAUACGGAGUCAACGUGAAGCGCGGCGAGUUCUACAGGUGA